GCUCUGCAAGUGAGCGCCACAUCGUUGCGUCUCCUGUCAACUGCAGUAUCUCAGAAGCCUUUACUGAAACGAAGGUCUACCUGCGUCUCAAAAGAAGAUUAAAGAGCAAGGAAAACAUUUUGGAAGAUAAUCAUAAUGUCCAAAAUGGUUUCUGUGGCAAAAGACGUGUUAAAGGCAUCAGCCAGCAGUGGACAUCACAAAUCCCAAAUGAUUCAUUGCUUGACAACUCUCUUAUGCUUUUUGUUGUCCGCGUUUUCGGUGGCCGUAUGUCUGUUUAUGAACGUGAAAACUUCUCAGAUUGAGCGUAAAAUGAAGCUUCUUGAGAUGGAGCGACUGUCGGUUAUUCAACCUGUGCACGCGACUUUGGAUGCGAACGCGACUCUUUGGGAUGCGAUAGAAAAACUUGUGCAAGAGAGACUUAAAGAGGGAGUGUCAAAAAUUCGCACAGCACGAGAAGCGACGCAAGAGUGCUCGUGCCCUCCAGGUCCUCCAGGAAAACGGGGAAGAAAAGGCAACCCUGGAAUUCCAGGCACUCCAGGUCGAGAUGGUUACCCGGGUCCAUUGGGUAUGGAUGGUAAGCCUGGACCUCCAGGUCAAAAAGGCAGUCAAGGAAUGCCGGGACAGAAAGGAGAAAAGGGUGACCAGGGAGACAUGGGCCCAAGGGGACCACCAGCUUACGCAGCCUCUGCAGGCCUGCUUAGUAAUCAGAUUCUCACAGUGAAGGGCGAUCAAGGUCAGGCUGGGCCUCCAGGUCCCCCAGGACCUCCAGGAACACCUGGUCCCAAAGGGCCUCCAGGAAACACUGGCAAAGAUGGGCCCCGGGGCCACCCAGGAGAGCCGGGACCACCUGGAAAGGAUGGAAAUGAGGGACAAAUUGGGCCACCUGGCACGCAGGGUAAGAAUGGAGCCGAUGGCAUACCUGGACCACAGGGCCCUCCAGGGCCAAAGGGAGAUCAGGGUGUGCUAGGUCCUGAGGGGAAGAGAGGGACUGAUGGAUCCCCUGGCACAAAGGGUGAAAAGGGAGAUGUUGGGUAUCCAGGUCCCCAGGGUUUGCCUGGAGAGAAUGGGGCUACUGAUUUUACAGAAAGUACUAAUCUGGCCUUAAGACUUCAAACUAUGCAGGGGCCUCCAGGCCCUCCAGGACCUCCGGGAGAACAAGGGCCAAAAGGAGAGAUGGGCUUACAUGGAGCAACAGGCCCUGAAGGAAAGCAGGGCCCUAAGGGAGAGAGGGGUGAUAUAGGAGAGCCUGGAACAGCAGGAGCAAAAGGGGACAUUGGGCUGACAGGGCCUGCUGGGCCAACUGGGCAAAAGGGAGAUAAAGGAGACUCUAGGCUUGAGGAGAGUAUGGCCCAGAUUAUCUCUUUGCCUGGCCCUCCAGGGCCUCCUGGGCCACCUGGACCUGCAGGAUAUCAUGGAUUGCCUGGCCCCAAGGGAGAGCCUGCUGAAACAGUGAAAGGAGAAAAGGGGGAUAUUGGAGAGAAAGGUCCACCUGGGCCACGGGGUCUUCAAGGUUUUCCAGGGUCUAAUGGGUUGGUAGGUCUGCCAGGUGCAAAAGGCGAAAAGGGAAAACAAGGUGAACCAGGACUAGAUGGAUUCCCAGGGUUUCAAGGAGAAAAAGGGGACAGAGGAGAUAAAGGGGAGAAGGGUGAGAGAGGCACAAUGGGAAAGAAAGGCCUGAAAGGACAGAAGGGAGAGCAAGGACCUCCAGGACUUGAUCAGCCUUGUCCUGUGGGGCGAGAUGGUCUGCCCAUACCUGGAUGCUGGCAUAAGGAGGAGGCUUCAGGGCAUGGGGGCAAAGCCAAGAACCCAUCUCAGCCCUAAAGGACUCUGAAUGGGCUACAUGGAGGGAGUAUGCUUUGCCAAUGGUCAGCUGGAUCCCCCAAAUUAAAGGGCUCUUCUGUAAUACAGGCAGGAAACCAGUAUGGGCAUUGCUCUGGAUUUGUACUGGUGUACAUAUGGACAAAUUUGUACUCAGGAAAUGUUGUCAAUAGAAAACAGAAUAAAAUCUUUUGUUCCAUUUCUCAAAAAAAUACAUCUGUGGAGUGGUGAGAAAGUUUUGUAUAAUAACUAAUAUCAGGUAUAUUAUCAUGAAUACAAUUUGUUUGUUGUUGUUGAAAGUCCUGGUGUUCAUAAGAACGCUCUUAGUGAAUAAACUACUUUGAUCUUUUAUUCAUUGCUUUGGUGAGGGUUGGUUUGCUUCCCAAAUAAGCAUUAUAUUAAGUUUUUGUAAAUUAAAUGAAUAUAUUUUAUAAUUACUAUUUACUUCUUUUAAGAUUCAUUGUGUUAACUCUGUACCAUGCAUUGUGUAUGAUAUCAUACAGUUGUUUCUAUUCUACAUUCCUUUUGUUUAAAAUUUGUAAAAGAUGAAAAUUUUGAAGUACUGCAUUGUUAAUUUAAGAAAAAGUAGUAACUGGUUUAGAGAUUGGCAUUGUUACCAGCAUAAAAGUUAAAUUUUUUCCAUUGUCCUUCGUUCCUCGAAAAUGAAAUUGAAAGCACUGCAGUAUCACAAUUCAUAAUAAAAUGACCCAUUCGAGUGGCUAAAGCUAUCUAAAAAACUAAGAGAGCUACCUGGCUCACUACUGGUCCAGUAAAAUAGCUUAACUGUCCAGCAAGAAAAAAUCCAUCUCUGGGUCAGUUUUUAAACCUUUAAGGUCUCAGUUUUCACCAAAUCUGAAAAGCCAAUACGAUGUUGUUUCGUGUUGUAUAACAGGCUCUGUCGCUUUCCCUUUUUGCUUGCAGACACAGUCUUCUCGGUUCGAGAUUUCUUUAUUCUGAAAACAUGUGAUUCCCCAGAGGGUUGCCUUUUUGAAUGAUCCAUGGUUAAUGUCGCUCAUUUGUUGAGGCUACAAGCUUUCAGCUUCAAACUACUAACACACUAAUCACCGCCCAUAUACUGUACAUGCGCUGUAAUAGCUGGAUCUUCUUGGAUAUGAUGUAAAGACGCACGGACGAAUGACAGAAGUAUGCAAUUUCUGCCAAAUCCGUCCCGACAGCUCUAAAAUAUAAAUAAUUAUUAUAGGUUAAACGUAGUGAAUCAGGGUAAGGCAAAAACAUGGUUUGGAAGAUGGAUUGUUGGUGUACUUGCUCAUUUAUGAAUUUUUUUUUCAUUUUUUUUUUUUUUCAUUUCUAAAAAAAAAAAAAAAAAAACUUACAUAGUGUAGUUUCAUAAUGAAUAAACUACUUUGAUCUUUUUUCAUUGCUUUGGUGAGGGUUGGUUUGCUUCUCAAAUAAGCAUUAUAUUAAGUUUGUGUAAAUUAAAUGAAUAUAUUUUAUGAUUACUAUUUACUUCUUUUAAGCUAUUAAGAUUCAUUGUGUUAAUAACUCUGUACCAUGCAUUGUGUAUGAUAUCGUACAAUUUUGAAUAAAUUUUACACAGCAUAAUGUAGAUAGUGAGCAUCAGAUUUGUCUUUGCAUUCUUGCACACAACGGCCCCCAAAAAUAUGUUGUAAAUAGAACAUUUUGGUGCAGUAGGAGUACACCUAUAUGGAAUGCUGUAGUUGACACUUUUCGAGAUU